AUGCGUUCAGCAACAUUUUCGCGGUUAGCAACACUGAUGCAGCAGACAACGUGGAGUACUGCGAAUAAUCAUAAGCUUACCCUGCUGCCAGCCCAGCAAAGCACCUUCUCGCGGAACUUGACCACUUUCAACACCAAGGACAAUGUAUCUCAAAAAGCAGAACCUCAAAAGCGACAACCCGAUGCCGCAUCGCCGCAGAAUCCAUCCUACCCAACAUUCAGCUUCGAUGGUCUAGGCGCUAGUCGUGGAGUCAAAGUCGUUGUGAUUGCAGGUUUGACGGUGCUUGGUACAAUGGAGACAAUUUUCUGGAGCAAGUUUUUAUGGGCUAAGUUCUCACCGGUACCGGAGGGCGAGAGCAAAUUCAAGAGUUGA